ACUGUGUCCGUCUACUUGAGUUGCGAGUGCCGGCACACGCGGCAGAGGGCGGCGAGGCGAUACUGGGAUGUCAGUUCGACAUGGAAAGAGAUAUCCUCUACUCUGUCAAGUGGUACAAGGACGGCAGAGAGUUCUACAGAUAUGUGCCCGCCAGUCAACACCCUGUCAGCCACUUUGCAACCCCUGGAGUCAUGGUUGAUUUGAGACGGUCUUCCAGCACGGUUGUAACGUUAGUGCAUCUCUCAAGAGAAUCUGCGGGUCUGUACCGAUGCGAGGUGUCCGGGGAGGCGCCACUCUUCGCCACCGUACAUGAGGAAAAGUAUAUCACUAUAUACUUAUUACCUGAAACAAAACCCUUCAUAACGGGUUUAAAAGAGAAGUACAACGUCGGUGAUAGAGUAAGAGCAAAUUGCACAUCACCAGGUUCUCGACCAGAAGCUCAGUUAAAAUGGCUUAUUAACAACAAACUUGUUGGAAAGAACUACAUACGAGGACCCUGGUAUCGGGCGACUAUGCAGCCUGACGUAACAGAAACUAUAUUGGAAGUGAAGUUUAUCGUGGGAUCGCAUCACUUUAACUUUGAUGUAAUGGAACUUAAAUGUCAAGCAACAAUAGCACCGUUAUACCAACAAGAGACUGUGUAUCAAGCUGUACGGAAAGAUAUUCCGCCGAUGGAUUCCUUCACGGAUGUACCUCAGCUGGGUGAACAGCCGCUACCGAACUUUCCAGAUUUCGGCGACACUAAUCAACUGCCUUUAGAAGAUGAAACAGAUGAUGCUGCGACUGUUCUGCAUUUAGACAAAUUGCUUGUAUUUAUUAUGUUAUUGCUAUUUCACUUUUAAUGUUAAUUACCACAGCAGCGCUGCCGCCGAUUGCAUUUUACAAUGGACCCAAUUUAUGUAGGCUAACAAGUUUUCCUAUUAACACUUCAAUUUAUAUAUAGUUGUAAUAAAUUAUUUCUUAAAA